UUUUCCCAUGUUUACAUUUUCCGGCAAAAGCGUCUACAACCGCUCCUCACCAAUACCAACACAUCCACCGGAGCCACCUCCUCCUAUACAAGGCCCACAAGCUUUUCGGGCAAUCACUGCGCCCGUGUAUGACGUUUCACUAGUUUUGCCAUUUUCCCACUUUGCUUGGUCAAUUGACUACUCGUGGCUGUCAGUUUUGUAACGAGUGGCGAGGAAAUAACACCUGGUAGGUUGCCAUGGGAGAAUCGUGUCCAAAUUUAGAACGUAUGAAUAUAUCAAAUUAAAAAUAAGAGCAGUAGCGCAGAAUUAGCCGUAUGUAGUAGAAGUAGACAAUAAAAAACCUAAACAGAUAAACCACAAAACCAGGCAGCCGAAAACAGUUUAAAAGAUACAAAAAUGGAAAAUAAAGCAGAAAAAGUAAAUGUGAAUAAGGAGGAGCUGAAGAAGCGUCUGACACCACUACAGUAUCAAGUGACACAGGAGGCUGCUACAGAGCGACCAUUUACAGGUUGCUAUAAUAAGCACUAUGAAAAAGGCAUAUACCGUUGCAUUGUUUGCCAGCAGGAUCUCUUCAGUUCCGACACCAAAUACGAUUCAGGUUGUGGCUGGCCCGCAUUCAAUGAUGUGCUUGAUAAGGGUAAAAUAACACUACAUCGCGAUGCGAGUAUACCAGUAGUAAUUUCGAAAAUGUUAGGCAUGGUGCGAACAGAGGUGCGCUGCUCCAAAUGCACUGCGCACAUGGGACAUGUUUUCGAUGAUGGCCCGCCACCGAAGCAUCUGCGCUACUGCAUCAAUUCGGCGUCCAUAGAUUUUGUACCGAUAAAGAACAACAGCAACAAUGCGUCGGGUUCCUCCGCCACAUCAGCUUCCUUCUCAAAAGGAAAUGCGAAAAAAUAAUUAUCAACAAUUUACUCGCAACAAAUUCAAAUUUAAAGUUUCUUCUUUACACUAAAUAUUUGAUAUUACACAUACAUACAUACAAUACAUAUGUACGUACGAGUAGUAUAUAAAUGAUUCGUAAUUUACAAUAUAUGUAUACUUACCUAUAUAUACAUACAUAGUAUGUACAUACAUUUAUUAGUAAAAAGUGCAGUGCGAUUGUAUUUUUGAUAACGGCGAAGUAAGUUAGUAUGAGGGAUUAGCUAAUCAAUGUGUAAUAAAA